AUGUUCCUCGCAUCUAAGACCCUCUGGAGGGCUGGACCGCUGCCAAUCCCUUUAGCCUCAAUCGUCUACUUUCGACAAUCCGGAAACCUAUUGUACCAACCACAGUCACGAGACAAUUCAACAAUCUCCCGAGGCAAGCGCAUACAUAUUGCUGGAGCACAUCAUUUACAGACACUCAUUGCCAAUGCUCUCGCCCAAACUGCAAAUCCCAAAAGAAACCCAAUAACCCUUAUGGUACCCCGCAAUCAGUAUAUCCAGCAUUAUGUAGAUACCGAAGGCAAGCUUCAAAUUAUCAGAGAUGGCGUCGCCACAACCGUGGUAGGAGCUGUUGACAUAGAAGUCCUCCCUUUUGAAAUGGAAUCAACUGUCCCCGAGCAAACAUUUCCUCCUGCCAAAAGCCUAAAAUUCAAACGUCUGUUGAUGGAUACUGGGCCGGAUGACGAAGAUUUUUCACUCGAUGAUCUACCCUCGCUGCUUGAGAAUGGACCUAUCCUUGAAGAGAAAAAGAGAUCGAAGAAACCGGCACGAUUACCAAUCUCAGAUAUCAAGAUCUAUGAUCUAUCAUAUUUUCUCGAAUUGAACUCAUUAUUCUGUGAUCCAAUAACAGCAAGUAGGCAUGUGGUAAAGGAACAAGUAGCAGAAAUUCGGCCACCGCCAAAAGAGUCAGAAAUCAAGGCUGUGCCUGUGGCUCAGUUGGCCAAAAUCAAUACUGAUCCUAUUGAUCACUUAAUCUUCGCCGAACGACCUAGGGAUCUGAUCAAUUUUUUCAGCAACAUUAAAGAUAGACUUCAUCCAUCCUCUGUGGUGAUGAUAAUUGGAAACAACCCUGGUCUAGUUCAAAUUCUAUACGAUGAAGUGUUUCCCGACGUAUCAAAACGACCCAAUUUCGUCGAAUGUGCUAAUGGGAUGUAUAUGGGCGAAGCAGCCGUCGAAGGGUUUUGGGAUUCGGUUCGCUCUGUCUCGUUACAAGGAGCACAACUCUCGGUAGGGCCACUGGCACGAACUGUAGACGAUGGUCAGACUCCAGGUGAGGUGGAAAGGAGAGAGGAGGAAGCUAAGUAUCUUAUUGAGAGAGUACUCAAAGCACCUACACUUAGCGCGACACCUAUAAGCAGGGCUGUACUAGAAAGAUACAAAUUGAGGAAACUGGUCACACGAUCUGUCGUUUAUCCUCUCACGGUUGCGUUCAAUUGUAUGAUGGGUGAAAUAUUUUCAACUGAAGAACGAGUGACAGAAGCCCGGCUUUUAUUUGAGGAAGCUUGUGCAGUAGUGCAAGCCAUUGAUCCAGCAUUGACCCCUCAGGUUCUGUUGACUAACUUACUAUGGGCAGUGGUCAGAGCACCAAACAUACGUCCUGUUAUGUUAAAGUGUGUCGACCUUGGUCAUGACACGAAUGUUGAUCUAGACAAUGGUUGGAUCAUAAAGUAUGGAAGAGGCAUGACUCCUACUCAUGAAAAGUAUACAAAAAUUGUCAAGGACAGAGCAGCGGAAUCGGCAAGAGCUAUUGCAGCCAACAAGGAGGAGGCUGCGAGAGCAGAAGCGCGACUCAGAAUUGCAAAAGAGUUAGCCGCUAAGAGACAGGAGGAUAGAGAAAAGAGACUCGAAUUUUUAGAUUCCAAGGAUAUCAUCGGAAAAAGCUUUAAGAGAUUAACUUUUGGGGAAAAGGUUGAAGCGCCAUUAAACGUUCCAACUGAAGCAUACUUUAAAACUAGAAGCCCUAUAGAGGCUGCAGGUGUUUGGGCAAAUUUAGUAGCUCCUCCUAGUAGAGGACUGAAGGAAGGAGAUGAAAGCAACUCGGCAGGUUAUGUUGAGAGAAAUGGAGAUGGCGUAGAGAAAGCUAGCGAGUUAGGCCUAAAUGAUAUGGCAACUGGAGGUGAGGAGAAAGCACAGACAUAA